AAUUCCAUAGGCCACGUUUUUUUUUGUUCAGGGCCUUAGCACAGGCAGAUCUAUGCUCCUCACAACCCCCCUCUCUCAUUUACAUAGAGAUAGAAGCAUAGGAACGUGUGUCUUCUUCGAUUUUAGUUACACCUAUAGAAUUAUAACAAUCAUUGACCACCAUGAAAAAUAUUGAUCAGCAUUUACUGAACCGACUCCCUAGAAUACUUUUAUUGAUACGGAUAAAUCAUGCAUAUGCUACCACAUGUCAACAAUUGAGAAUUGGGUAUUAUUGGGUAUUAUUUUAUAUUGUAUUAUAAUUGCAAAUAGCGGGUUUAAUUUACGUACUAUGCGCGGGUCUAAUUAACGUACAAUAUGCAUAAUAGGCUGCAAGGAGGACACUAGCGUGAUAUAGUCAAACUCCUAUAUAUUGCAUGUUCAAUCCCAAAUCAUUAAAACACCGAUCUCCACGGAUACAAAACAAUAUACAUUUAUACCCCAGAAAUUUUGUACAAGCAUCGCUCUUCUACCGAAAAGACAGCGCGUUUCCCCGUGGAAUGAGCGUUCCAUGCAGCAUCCUAGGUAUGAAUGACGUGGCCUGGCAGGAGACACGAGGCGGGAUGCUGCACACAAACGGUGCUCCUGAAGCCGGGGGCGUCAGAGUUCACGGAGGGGGAUCCCUGGCUGCCAUGGGGGUUGCAGGUCAGGGUCCCGGAGGGCCACACCGUCUGCAGGGACCCAACCCCAUCCCAGGUACCCCACAGCCUCCACUAAGUGGGCGCUCUCAGGAUGAUGCCACAGUGGGCUACUUCUUCCAGAGGCAGCCUGGGGAGCAGCUGGGAGGUUGCACCUCCAGCAAGCACCGUUGGCCCACUGGAGACGGCAACCACGUUGACCAGGUUCGAACUGUGGAUGAGAUGAACUAUGGUUUUCAAGCCCUUGCUUUGGAGUCCAGGGGCAUGAGUGAGCUCCUGCCAGCAAAAAAACUGUGGGAUUCGGAUGACUUGUCCAAGGAUGGAAGGAAAGGGAUGCUCCUUGGAGAGGAAUGGCGGGAGAAUGCUUGGGGAUCUUCUCAUCACUCUGUGUCCCAACCAAUCAUGGUGCAGCGACGACCCGGACAGGGUUUCCAUGGGAACGGCGACGCCAACUCCGUGCUCUCCCCUCGCUCUGAGGGCGGUGGCCUGGGCGUGAGCAUGGUGGAGUACGUCCUGAGCUCCUCCCCCGGGGACAAGAUGGAUGGCCGCUACAGGAACGGUGGCUACGGUGGCGGGGACGCUGACCCGGACGGGAGGGAGAAAGGUAACGCCCAAGAUCAGACGUCCCCGUUUGAAGAGGACAAGAGCCCAGAAAUGAAAGUGGGAGAGGAGAGUGAUGCGGCUAAGGCCAAUGGGAGAGGCCUGCUCAAUGGCAUGGACAGAGACUGCAAAGACUUCAAUCCCACCCCAGGAAGUCGCCAGGCCUCCCCCACCGAGGCGGUGGAGAGGAUGGGCCCCGGCCAGGCCGGGCUGGAGAUGAUGGUCCAGCAGCACCAGCACCAGCAUCAGCAACACCACCUCCAGCACCAGACCAUGCAGCCCCAGAACAAGCCCCAGCAGCAGGAGGACUUCCAGAGCCAGGAGGCCCAGAACAUGGGCAACAUGGAGCAGCAGCAGGGUGUGGAGUCACUCCAGUUCGACUACGCCGGCAACCAGAUCCAGGUAGACUCCUCCGGCACCCCCGUCGGCCUGUUUGACUACAACUCCCAGCAGCAGUUGUUCCAGAGGUCCAACCAUCUGACUGUCCAGCAGCUCACUGCUGCCCAGCAGCAACAGUAUGCCCUGGCUGCUGCCCAGCAACAACACCUUGCCGGCCUUGCUCCCGCGUUCGUGCCAAACCCAUACAUCAUCAACACUGGACCCCCCGGAACCGACCCUUACACCGCUGCAGGACUGGCCGCAGCAGCUACACUUGCCGGGCCUACAGUGGUUCCUCCCCAGUACUAUGGUGUUCCUUGGGGCGUGUACCCUGCCAACCUCUUCCAGCAACAGGCUGCCAGUCACAACGCUAACCAGCAGGGAUCCAAUCAAGGACCGGGGCCAGGACAGCAACAGGUGAUGCGCCCCGGGAACAACCAGCGCCCUCUCACCCCUGGUCAGGGCCAGCAGAGCCAGCAGGAGUCUCUGGCAGCAGCUGCCGCCGCCAACCCUGCCCUCGCCUACGCUGGUAUGCCAGUUUGUCUGUCUCCUGCCCACCCAGGUUACCAGAUGCUGGCCCCCGCCGCUUACUACGACCAGAACGGAACCCUGGUGAUGGCCCCUGGGGCCCGCGGUGGUCUGGGAGGGCCCGUCCGCCUGGUCCAAACCCCGCUCCUCAUCAACCCACAGGCCGCAGCGCAGGCUGCGGCUGCGGCGUCAGCGUCCGGCUCGGGCAACAACAUGUCAGGCCCCCAGCCCAACGGCCUGUACCGCUCCAUGUCCCAACCCCAGCAGCAGCCCCAGCAGCAGCAGAACCAGGGCCUACCCUCCAGCUCCUUCUACGGCUCUGGGUCGGUGCCGGCCAGCUCCCAGAGCAGCUCCCUGUUCUCACACACCUCCCAGGCUCCACCGCCCACCUCGUCUCUAGGAUUCAGCGGUGCCGGCGGCUCCCUGGGUGUGGGCCUGGGCUCGGCGCUCGGAGGCUUCGGCUCCUCAGUGUCGAGCUCCACCAGCAGCAGUGUCUCUCGCCGGGACUCCCUGCUGGCCAACUCGGACCUGUACAAGCGUGGAGGUGGUAGCAGCCUCACCCCCAUUGGUCAGCCCUUCUACAACAGCCUGGGCUACUCCUCGCCCAGUCCCAUUGGCCUAACACCGGGCCACUCCCCCCUCACACCCCCACCCUCUCUGCCCUCCUCUCAUGGCUCCUCCUCCAGUCUUCACCUGGGCGGCCUGACGAACGGUAGCGGGCGUUACAUCUCGGCGGCGCCCGGCGCGGAGGCCAAGUACCGCAGUGCGGGGGGCACCUCCAGCCUGUUCAGCUCCAGCAGCCAGCUGUUCCCGCCAUCUCGGCCCCGCUACAGCCGCUCAGACGUCAUGCCCAGCGGGCGCAGCCGCCUGCUGGAGGACUUCCGCAACAACCGCUUCCCCAACCUGCAGCUGCGUGACCUGCCCGGCCACAUGGUGGAGUUCUCCCAGGAUCAGCACGGCUCCAGGUUCAUCCAACAGAAGCUGGAGAGGGCCACCCCAGCAGAGAGACAGAUGGUGUUUGGGGAGAUCCUGCAAGCAGCCUACCAGCUGAUGACAGACGUGUUUGGCAACUACGUCAUCCAGAAGUUCUUUGAGUUUGGCAGUGCGGAUCAGAAGCUGGCUCUGGCCACGCGUAUCCGCGGCCACGUGCUGCCCCUGGCCCUGCAGAUGUACGGCUGCCGGGUCAUCCAGAAGGCCCUGGAGUCUAUCUCCUCUGACCAGCAGGUAAUUAGUGACAUCGUACGAGAACUGGACGGCCACGUGCUGAAGUGUGUGAAGGAUCAGAACGGGAACCAUGUGGUGCAGAAGUGUAUCGAGUGUGUCCAGCCCCAGGCCCUGCAGUUCAUCAUCGACGCCUUCCAGGGCCAGGUGUUUGUGCUGUCCACCCACCCUUACGGCUGCAGGGUGAUUCAGAGGAUCCUGGAGCACUGCACCCAGGAGCAGACCCUGCCCAUCCUGGAGGAGCUGCACCAGCACUCUGAGCAGCUCGGCCAGAAAUAUCAAGGCGUUUCAUUGGAGAUGACACCCAAAACAUAUUAUACAGUUUCCAGCGACGCACUGUUUAAGGAUCAGUACGGCAACUACGUCAUCCAGCACGUCCUGGAGCACGGCAGACCCGAAGAUAAGAGCAAAAUUGUGGCAGAGGUCCGCGGAAAAGUGCUCCUCCUGAGCCAGCACAAAUUUGCAAGUAACGUGGUGGAGAAGUGCGUGAUCCACUCAUCCCGUGCCGAGCGGGCCCUGCUGAUUGACGAGGUGUGCUGCCAGAAGGACGGCCCCCACAGCGCCCUGUACACCAUGAUGAAGGACCAGUAUGCCAACUACGUGGUGCAGCGGAUGAUCGACAUGGCCGAGCCCGCCCAGCGCAAGAUCAUCAUGCACAAGAUCCGGCCCCACAUCGCCACCCUGCGCAAGUACACCUACGGCAAGCACAUCCUGGCCAAGCUAGAGAAAUACUACAUGAAGAGUAGCUCUGACCUGGGGCCCAUCGGAGGGCCCACCAACGGCCUCAUGUAGUCCUGCCUUCUGUGUCCACUGACUAAAGGCCAGAGUAGGAGCUGCCCCCCUAACCUUAUUUCUAGUUAUGUAAAGAGGUGCUCCUGAGCCAUCAGGGCUGACCUUUGACAUCCUCUGAAUUACCAAAAAGAUUUAAACGUCACCUGUGAAAUGCUGUGACAUCUGACCCAUGCAACUCUAAUGCUACCCUCAUCGCUUGUGGCCACCAUGGAGGGUAGCAGACAGUUUUGCAGGUAAUCUCUUGGGUAAAGCACAGCCCCCCCCCUCCCCCCUCACACACAAUUUGUUUAUGAUGUAACUGGCUGGUUUUUCUUAUAUAAUUCCUGUACAUUUAGUUUUUUUACCUUGUAAAUUCUCUGUAGAAAAAAAAAAAGAACCGCAUUUGCUGAUAAUGUACAAUUCUUACAAUUACACCAGCAAGUGACUUUAUAAGGCUGAACUUGAGUGAUCCUUUUAAACAAUUUUUCAUUUGUUUUUGUACCCAGACUUACUACUACUAUCAGCUGUUAUAAUUAAAAGCCAGGUGUUUAAAUAUAUAUAUAUAUCUUUCUACUACCACAAAAUGAUCCCAAUGCCAAAGCAGCUGAUGGAUCCAUUUCUACUUCUUGCACUGCAUAGUAUGGAUAGAUUAUGAAACCCAUCUGUCCCACUGACGAUUACUAUGUCUCUCGUGCCAAUGAGUUAGUCAUCCACUGGUCUCUACUUGAACACCUACAAUGCUUUGUGCUUCAUUUUUAGUGGAGUGUCUUCCACUUGCCGGCUUGUGAUCGCCGCGAUAAAAAAAAAAACUAUGCCUCUGUUUUUCUGCAGACUGGCCUACUCUUUCUCUCACACUGUUUGCUUGAUUUGACUAGUCGGCUCCGGGCGACAAAUGGCAUGGUUAUUGAACAGUGCACAUAUGUUGUUGCAUCUGUAAGCAGUGAUUCCACUAAAUCCCACCUAUACGGUCUUUUCUUUUCUCGCAGAUCAUUCAAUGGCUGCUUGGGCUUACAGCAGACACGGGUAGCGUGGACGUUUAUUCUCUUUCAGAAGCAGAGCACAAGGUUGGGUUGUAUAGUGGAAGUGUAACUUGGUUGUAAUCUUUACAGUAAAUGACCGUAGCGGGGCGUUGGGGGGUGGGGGGUAAGCAUAGGCAUGCUGUAACAGGUUUUUAAUAACUUGACUGAUUUCUUUAUCAUGUUUUGUGGAACAUCUAUCUGUCUUGUAGUUUUGAGAUGAACACUGCCCUAGAAGCGGUAUCUUUAUGUACUGAAUAUUCAUCUCUUGCGUAGAAAUAGUUUAGCAAAAAUGUAUAGCAUCUUUGUGUAUGAGUAAAUAUUAAAUGGUUGCUUUUUUGGCUUAGGGGGCUCGGGGUAAGAGUUUUUUUUUAUUUAAUUUUUUUUGUUGAAGUGGCUCAUCCCAAGUAUGUAAAGCGGAGGGUAGAAUUGGGAAUGAAAUGAGGAAAAAUAACAGGAUGGUUUUAUGCGAGACCGAGCGUCAUGAGGUUGUUUUAAUUUAGUUAUUCCUCAUUUUAAUUUUUCUUCUGGUCUGAAUAUUCAAGUGAAUUAGGUGGGGUGAGUAGUGGGGCCAUCUAAAAAGCUAUACAACUCCUCUGUGACGCUAGUAGUAAUGGCUUUUGCUUCAUAUGAAUAAUUGUAGAAUACAUGUAGUAUAUGUGCAGUUGAUAAGUGUGUAAGUUUAAUUGUGGUGUUUGACAGGCCUUGAUAAAUUGGUAGUGAUGCUUUUUUAUUUUGUCUGUACAGUUGUACAUUUGUAAACGUUGAUGCUGUAAAUGGAUGUCUUUUACACUUUUGGGGGAAAAAUUGCCUAAAUGUGCAUUUUGAUGUAUGUGUGUGUGUAUAUUCAUCACUCCUUUCCCCUCAAAUAUAAUGUAUACAGUUUUAUUUGAUCAAGCGUUAUUUUAAAACAAUCUUUUUAUGGCUUCUCGAUCUGACAUGGUUUUGUUUUAAAUCUGUUAUGAGAAAGGUCGGCCUCGUUUUGUAUGCGGAGCUUUAUAACGUCUCCUGUUUAUAUUGUCUUUCUGACGUGUGACAGUUUUAAAGGAACACCAAUGCUCUGUACUUAAAAUGAGGCUGCUUCUGGUCCCCUCUGCUGCCAUGGAAACUUCACAGGAUAUGACAGAAUUAUUUUUGUACAGAAGAGUGCUGUAUUUUGGAACAGCUACUACCUUGUAAGCAAAAGAAAUGUAAGAUAUUGUCAAUUAUAUAAAUAUGAACAUAUGAGUUUUGUCACACUGUCAAAGUCUUGUACAUUUUCAGGUGGCCUUAUGUACAUUUCCAGACAUUUAGAUGAAGAAAAAAAUACUCAUUUUUUGGAAGCAGAAUUGUGGCUGUAUGAUUAAACCGUUCUAACAUUUGAUCAUUUAUUUCUGUGCCUUUUUAAAUUUUUAUUUCAAUAUCUUCUUUUAGGAAGUUGGUGUUGCGCAAACUACAGUACUUUAAUUUGGAACAUAAAGUUGGAUUUAACUGACCUGCUUAUCACCUGUUUUGAGCAGUAGAUGGUGCUUCUUGCCAGUCUCCAGUUUAUACUCAAGACUAAUUUUCAAUAUCAAUUGUUUUAAAGUAGUUUCUAAACCGGUUGCUGAAUGUCUGUCUACAUUCUGCAGAGCACACAAUUUAAUUUGAGUCAAGAUUUUUCUUACUCUGAUCCUGUGUCCGACUCUGACAUUCUCACUAUUUGCUUCUGUAAACAAGAGGGCGGGGCCUUGAAUCCCGCCACAGGUAGGUUUAACGUACACCUGUACUACUAUGAGAAGGAAAAUACAUUUUAAGACCUACACUAGUAGUAAUAAAAUCACUGCAGACGACAAGAUACAAUGAGGACUUUAGUGAUUUCCACUUUACUGUUUGCUAUGGGCACAUCGUAUUCUAUUCCUCCAGAAGACCUGGAUGGAUCGGGACAUGAUCUGGAAAGUUCUGGCUCAGGUUCAGGGGAACGGGCAGAAGUGUCCAAAGGCUCAGUGAGGUUUACCACUAUCUCAACAUUUACAAUGACAAUGAGUGAAGAUGACUUAAUGUUCAAUGCCAUUGAUGAAGAGGAUAAAACCGUCCCAAUUAUAAUGACAGACAACACCAGAAAUAAAAUAUCAGAGGACUCAGACUUGACCUUUGACAAAAGGCCUAAGCUAGAUGACAACAACGGAUCAGCCAUUGGCAAUGUGGCAAAGAGCGGGGGUCUUCUAGCAAACAAAGAAGCUCUUGCAGCUAUUAUUGCAGGAGGAGUGGUGGGACUGUCCUUGGCUGCCUCCCUGUUAACACUCAUGGUCUAUAACAUGAAGAAGAAAGAUGAGGGAGGCUACACUGUCAACCAGAAAAACACAUCUAACGGAGGAUAUCAGAAACCGAAGACCAAGGAGGAGUUUAUUGCGGAACUUCCCCUCAAAGACAAAAUAAUGUCUCAACCCAGCAGAUUUGUUUGAAGAGUUCAUUUUUGAGAGAAAGAAGUUGGUUGGGUUUGCGCCAGGAGAAAAUUCACAGCAGAAAAUGCAAACUUGUGGUGUAUUCGAGGUUUAAAAAGACGGUAACACUUUACUUGACACCCAGCAUCAUAACAGAUAACAUGGUCAUAACCAUAUAAUACGUCAUAACAGCUGACAUAACUUGUCAUAUGGUCACAACACUGUCAUGACACAUAAUAAACAGCAAAAAAAGAAACGUC